UCUCUCUCUCUCUCUCUCUCUCUCUGUGGGAUUGUUUUGAAAGCUAGUGCAAUGGAGAGAAAGCACAAAUUUCUCCAUGGAACACUUGAAGCUACCAUCUUCUAUGCCACGCCUUAUACACCGCUAUCUCCUUUCAAUUGUAUAUUUGUAAGAGGAAAGCCUGCCUAUGUAACCAUAGAGAUAGAUGACAUGAAGGUAGCAGAGACCAGCCAUGAACGUGACCGAGUUUGGAAUGAGACCUUUCAAAUUCUCUGUGCUCAUCCAUCCAAUUCAACUAUUACCAUCACAAUGAAAACAGCAUGGUCUUGCUUCUUGGGAAAGAUAAACAUCCAGGCUGAUCAGAUUCUUAAUGAAUCAAGUUUGAUUAAUGGGCUAUUUCCUCUCCUCAAGGAAAAUGGAACACCAAAUCCAGAACUGAAGCUACAAUUCAUGUUAUGGUUUAAACCAGCAGUGUUUGAACCAAGCUGGAGAAAGAUGCUAAGUAACGGAGAAUUCCAGGGGUUGAGGAAUGCAACAUUUCCACAACGAUCAAAUUGUCAUGUCACACUUUAUCAAGACGCUCACCAUCUCUCUACUUUUCAUCCUCCAUUCUAUUCUUGUGGUGCUCCAAGAAGAUUAUGGGAGGAUGUAUACAAUGCCAUUGAGGGUGCAAAACACUUGAUUUACAUUGCAGGCUGGUCUGUCAAUCCCAAUAUGGUGCUGGUUAGGGAUUUUCAAACUCAAAUCCCACAUGCAAAAGGAGUAAAGCUUGGUGAUUUGUUGAAGCAGAAGGCAGAGGAAGGUGUGGCUGUAAGGAUUAUGUUAUGGGAUGAUGAAACAUCCUUACCAUUCUUCAAGAAUGAAGGAAUAAUGAGAACACAUGAUGAAUAUGCCUCAGCCUACUUUGAAGGCACCAAAGUAGUAUGCAGAUUGUGCCCAAGAUUACACCCAAUGUCCGCCCCACUCUUCUCUCACCAUCAGAAAACCAUAACCUUAGACACUAAGUCGCAAAUAAAUUCAAGCAAUAGAGAAAUUAUGAGUUUUGUUGGUGGAAUAGAUCUUUGUGAUGGUCGCUACGAUACAGAACAACAUUCAUUGUUUCACAAUCUCAAUAUGGAACCGCAUUGUCAUGAUUUUUAUCAGACAAGUAUCGCAGGAGCUAGCCUUGAGAAGGGGGGGCCAAGACAGCCAUGGCAUGAUGCUCAUGCUUGUAUCAAGGGUGAAGCUGCUUGGGAUGUACUAACCAAUUUCGAGCAACGAUGGAGUAAACAAUGUGAUCCUUCUUUACUAGUUCCCAUUAGUACCUUGUCAAAUCUCAGCUGCCAAAGUUAUUCAAGCAUUCCCUCUGGGAGGAAUUGGAACGUACAAGUUUUUAGGUCCAUUGACCAUGUGUCAGCUAGCCAAAUGUUUAGAAACUUUACUGUGGAGCAAAGCAUCCAGGAAGCCUACAUACAAGCAAUAAGGAAAGCUGAGAGGUUUAUUUAUAUUGAGAACCAGUAUUUUAUUGGAGGGUGCCAUUUGUGGGAGAAAGAUCAACAUAGUGGCUGCAGAAAUUUGAUUCCUAUUGAGAUAGCACUCAAGGUGGUCAACAAGAUUAAAGCAAAGGAGAGGUUUGCAGUGUAUAUACUAAUACCAAUGUGGCCAGAAGGAGUGAUUGAGAGUGAUGUAGUUCAAGAUAUAUUGCAUUGGACUAGAAGAACAAUGUCAAUGAUGUAUAAGUUGAUAGGAGAGGCAAUACAAGAAAGUGGUGAGCCAGGGCACCCUAAAGACUACUUGAAUUUCUUCUGCCUAGCAAAUAGAGAAGAGAUGGGUAAAGAGGAAGUUAUUCCUCCAGAGUCUCCUCACCCUGAAACACAAUAUUGGAAUGCUCAAAAGAAUAGGAGGUUCAUGGUUUAUGUACACUCCAAGCUCAUGAUAGUGGACGACCUGUACAUUUUGAUUGGAUCAGCAAAUGUGAACCAGCGAUCCAUGGAUGGACAACGUGACACUGAGAUUGCUAUAGGGUGCUACCAGUCCAAAAGUGACAAAGACAAAAUGAGUCGCGGCGAUAUUCAUGCAUACCGUCUGUCACUGUGGUAUGAGCAUACUAAAUGUGCUGAUCAGGAACUGUUUCAAGAGCCACAAAGUCUGGAAUGUGUGCAGAAGAUGUGUUCCAUAGGUGACCAAAUGUGGAAGAUUUACACUGGUGAAGAUUUGGUAGACAUGGAAGGUGUGCACUUGGUAACAUACCCUAUGAAUGUGACACAAGAUGGUACCGUGGAGGAUCUAACAGAUAAUGGGGGCAAUUUUCCUGACACAAGAACACAAGUUAAGGGAAAGAGAUCAAUGUUGCUACCACCUGUUUUUACCACAUAAGAUUAUUAACCCAAGUCUACUCAGUCAGUAACCCAAAAAAAAAAAAAA